AUGACUGGCUUUAAUUACCGAACACCACCUGUGAUAUUCGAGGAUCUGGGGCUGUUUGUCAAAUGGGGAGGCAUUGUGAGAACUUCCGAGGGUCAGUGCCUCUAUGCUCUCGGCCAGCUCCUUAAAGAUGAUAUCCCGAUUCCGGAGAUAUACGGGUGGCGGGAGGAUGGCGGUGAAACUUUCCUUUAUAUGGAGUAUUUACAGGGGCAGACUCUGGAGCAAGUGUGGGAUAAUCUGGGACCUGAUAACCGCGUUUCGAUCUGUUAUGAGCUCCGGACAAUCGUCAACCACAUUCGCCGCCUUCAACAGAAGCCAGGAGAGUCAUUCGUGGGUGAUAUUGCACAAGAUCAUCUAUAUGAUAGAGUAUUCGAAGUCGAGUCGCCCGAAGCAGGACCGUUCAAUACCGUCCGGGAAUUCCAUGACUGGUUCACUUUCCUACAUCGAAGACCAAUGCCAGAUCCAUAUAUUGUCCCAAUCGAACCGUUCCGUCAGGACCUGCCUGAUGACAGUGAAAUUAAAUUUACGCAUAGCGAUCUCCACCGAAGCAACAUUUUGAUAACACGCUCUGAACCCUAUCGUGUUCUUGCAGUCGUCGACUGGGAACAGUCUGGCUGGCUACCUAUAUACUGGGAGGCCAGAAAGGCGCAGUAUACUGCUGACACUCAGGAAUGGUCUAAAAAAUAUUUGCCAAUGAUUUUAUGUCAGUAUACCAGCACUUGGGAUACGUGGGCCUACUACACUGCGGCCCUGGGAGUUUGA